CUUACAUUAAACAAAAGACGGUACAUACUAUAUAUUGUUGUUAUUCUCCGUUCCGUAUGAUCCACGGCGCCAAAUCAUAGGGUCCACAUCCGUUGGGACUAAGACCUACUCCAAAUUUUGUAACUGCUGCCACUGGAUGACAGCAUUUAGGAAGGUCCAGAGCAACAAAGACCGGAUGCAACGCUACUGAUGUAUUUAUUGGAGUUGAAGAUGGCCCCCAGUCAUCCAGACUAUGCCUGGAAUAAGUCUUAGUGGAGAUCUGCCUUCAAAUGUUGUGCCUGUUGGGGCGUGCUGGAAUUCCAUAUUUCUAUUAUACUAACAAGCCAGAUACAGUAUUGAGACUUGCACUCUGAAGAACUCAUAGUUCUGUUCAAACAUGAGCCCCUCAGUUGACCUAACGAAUGUUAAUGGCAAUGGAGUAGCAAUCCCGUUGCUCCCUGAGAUAUCGCGGCAACGCAUGGAAAAAGCCGGAAUUGAUCUUUCUAAUGGUUAUCCUCAGAAACCCGACCGACAUAUUCAACAGGCUCCUUCUGGACGGGAUCAUAGCCAGCCGUAUAUUGACGCAGGAAGCCGAGCUGACAAAGAGAAAAGCAAUCUUUUGUCUGCAGCUAAAGAAGUCAUCCACUUAUCAAAGCAUAUUGGCACAGAGCUUACCGGCCUGCAGCUAAAGGACCUUUCAAACCAGCAGAGGGAUGAGUUAGCUCUGCUAAUUGCUGAAAGAGGAGUUGUAUUUUUCCGUGACCAGGAUAUUAGUCCCCAACAACAACACGAAUUGGCAGAAUAUUAUGGCGAGCCUGAAGUCCAUCCUGUAGCACCUCAUGUUCCCGGUGUACCCAGCGCCAGUGUAAUAUGGCCUGACUUUCAAGCUACAGAGUGUGAGGCCAGCUUCCGUCGCCCAGGGGGUGUUUCAGGCUGGCACACUGAUCUUGCGUUGGGUCACGACAAGCGACCCGCCGGGAUAAGCCAUUUGCACAACGACGCCGUUCCAAGUAUUGGCGGAGAUACUCUCUGGUCCAGUGGGUACUGUGCCUACGAGAAGUUGUCGCCGUCAUUCCGGAAAUUCAUCGAUGGUAAGAAAGUCAUCUAUCGUUCUGCCGUCGCCUUCAUAGAUAGUAGGAACCCUGCGGCCGGCCCGACGCAUGUUGUUCGUGAAUAUCCGCUUGUAAGAACACAUCCAGCCACAGGCUGGAGGUCUUUAUGGGUUAAUAGGGCUAUGGCGGAGCGUAUUGUGGGUUUGGAUAAAUCCGAAAGCGAUCUGAUUUUGAAUUAUUUGUGCGACCUUUAUGAGAAGAGUGUGGAUAUCCAAGUCCGUUUUAGAUGGACACCAAAAACCAGCGCGUUAUGGGACAACAGAGUGACCAUUCAUGUCGCAAGCUGGGACUACGAGGGCUCCGAGCCUAGACAUGGGACAAGGGCGACCGCAUUGGCAGAACAACCAUAUUUUGAUCCCAAGUCGCCUACAAGAAGAGAAGCACUAAGACUUUUGGGAGCUUCGGAAAUUAGAGAAUUGGAGGAGCAAGGAAUUUUUUCAACAUCUUAGUCCAACCGCGGAUUGUCCUUGAUCUCCGAAGAACAUUCUAAAGAAAAAGAUAUCAGAACUUUAGGUUAAAGGCGCGUACACUGAGCCUAAGAGUUUGAACAAACUCCAUACGUAAUGUAACAUCUCUAUAAUGUAGCCGAGCGAACAGGUGGUUUUAGAGCGUGCUUUCUAGUAUGAAAAUAUGAGGCAUACGCUACCAAAUACGUUUACGUCACUUAAAUUCGAGGAGUGAGCCCCCGCUCUGACACUAGUG